AUGCAGUCUACCUUACGCUCAUGGGUUGCUGUACCGUGUGAGAAUCCAUCAGAAGCGCCUUGUCACCGUUCAUUACAUGUAUGUGCCAUACGCAACGAUUCGCUAUAUAUUUUUGGAGGAUACGACGGAUCGAGCCGCAUUAACGACUUUUACGAGUUCAAUUUCAAGCGUAAACUGUGGUCCGUCGUCCUCGCCAUUGGAUCUGCUCCAAGUCCACGCGACCGUCACGUUGCGGUUGUCUACAAGGACUCUUUCUACGUGUUUGCAGGCUUUGACGGUCGCUCGCGUGUCAAUGACUUUGUCGAGUAUAACUUCUUAUCGCAGAGAUGGAGCAAUGUUGUGGUAAAUGCUGGGCUUCCACCUACGGCACGGCAUAGUCAUGCUGCUGUGACAAGUCUAUGUAUUGUUUUGGGGGGAUAUGACGGUGGCUACAGAAAUGACUUGCACGAGUUCAAUUUUGAAACUAAGACUUGGUCGUUAGUGGCAGCAAGCGGACGACUGCCUCGACCUCGGUACCGAUUGUCGUUGGUGGUGCAUAAGCACACAUGCGUACUAUUUGGCGGCCACGAUGGAUCUCGUCACCUUAGCGAUGUUUACGUGUAUGACUUUGAUGCGCGUGCUUGGUCGUUGCUUGCAACUGAGGGGCUGGCUCCUAUUGCUCGCGAUAGUCAUGCUGCUGUCAUCCACUCAAAUUCUAUGUACAUAUUUGGCGGCAGUACGGGUACUGCAGUGAACGAUUUCUAUGAGCUCAGCUUGGAGUCAAAUGUUUGGCAGCCAAUGCAUUUCAACGGUCAGCCACCAGGACAGCGAUUCUGCCACGUCGGUACUGUUUAUGAUUCCAGUCUUAUCAUUUUUGGCGGCUAUGAUGGAAGUAAUCGACUGAACGACUUCAAGCAAUUCCGUUUUGGCGAGAAGUUUCAGCUUGAUAUUCCUGAGAGCACGCUAGUCAAUGACUUGAGGAUACUGGUGAAUAAUGACAUCAUGAGUGAUGUGACGUUUAUCGUGGAAGGAAUUCCCGUUUACGGACACAAAAUUCUGUGUAUUCGUUGCAGCUACUUCAACGCGAUGCUCACGGGAGAGAUGCUGGAAAGCCGGGCUCGGGAGAUUCAAAUCACCGACGUACGUCGGCCGAUCUUCCUUUCGUUGAUGGAGUAUCUGUACACAGAUUACCUCGAUGUUGCUGUGGACAUUGCAAUGGAGCUGUUUGUUACUGCAGAUCGGUAUGGCGUCGAGCGUCUAAAGCGCAUUUGCGAAAGUAAAAUGCUAGGAUCACUAUGUGUCGAGAACGCUGCAAGCAUUUUUCAUGCUGCAGACCUGCACAAUGCAACAGUGCUGCGAGACCAGUGCGUUACCUUCAUGCUGCACAAUUUCGACGCGGUGACGAAGACUGAUGCAUUUGAAGAAAUGGGCCGAACCAACGUUGAAUUGGUCUUCGAGCUUUUGAAACGGCGCUAG